UGUCUCUGUCUCCCUCCCUGACUACAUUUCCCAUAAUGCACCUUUAGAAACGCCUAGACAACAUAAACAGAGCUCAUGAUGGCGGCUGACAAUGAUCCCGAGUCUGAGGUGUUUGAGAUCACCGAUUUCACCACUGCGUCCGAGUGGGAAAGGUUUGUCUCAAGAGUCGAAGAAGUGCUGAACGACUGGAAACUGAUCGGCAGUAACGUCGGCAAGCCUCCCGAAAAGGGAGAAUACACCACCGGCACAUGGGAGGAAAAGUCACGUGAGAUCAACUUUGCCGAUUUCAAGUUCGCCAUCACGCACCAUUACCUGAAACAGGAACGUCCAGAGAGCGAGGGGAAGGAGGACGACGAGGAAGAUGCUUUUCCUCUGGCCAUGCAGGACCUGCUGUGCAUGAACAACGACUUUCCUCCGAGGGCACACUGCAUCGUCAGAUGGUACGGAGUGCGGGAAUUUGUGGUCAUCUCUCCUGGAGCGAACUGUGAAGCCGUAAUCAGCGAAUCCAAGUGCAACCUGCUGCUCAGUUCGGUCUCUAUCGCUUUGGGAAACACCGGCUGCCAGGUGCCGCUGUUCGUGCAGAUCCAGCAGAAGUGGAGGAAGAUGUACGCGGGCGAGUGCCAGGGCCCCGGGGUUCGAACCGACUUCGAGAUGGUGCAUCUGCGCAAAGUUCCCAGCCAAUACAACCACCUCUCAGGCCUGCUGGAUAUCUUCAAAGCCAAAAUAGGCUGCCCGCUGACGCCGCUUCCACCCGUCAACAUCGCCAUCCGCUUCACCUACAUCCUGCAGGACUGGCAGCAGUACUCCUGGCCCCAGCAGCCUCCUGACUUUGACGCCCUGCUCGCCGGAGAAGUCGGAGGCGUCGAGUUCGGCAAACUUCCGUUCGGCGCCUGCGAGGAUCCAAUAAGUGAGCUGCACCUCGCGACGACAUGGCCGCAACUGACCGAAGGCAUCGUCGUGGACAACGACGUAUAUUCUGAUUUAGACCCACUUCAGGCUCCUCAGUGGUCCGUGAGAGUGCGGAAAGCGGACAACCCUCAGUGUUUGCUUGGUGACUUCCUUAUGGAGUUCUUCAAGUUGUGCGGCCGGAAGGAGUCCACGGAUGAGAUACUGGGAAGGAGUUUGGCCGAGGAGGAAGGCAAAGAAAACAACGACAUCACUCAAGCGCUGUCGAAGCUGACGGAGCCCACGGCGGUGCCGAUCCCCAAGCUGUCCGUCUCGAACAUGGUGCACAGCGCACGCAAACGUAUCAGCCGACACCGCCGCACCGAUCAGUCGCCGCUUAAUAACGACGUUCUCAACUCUAUCCUACUGUAUCUCUUCCCAGAUUCUGCGCUGGACAAAUCGGACUCGAACGAAGCCAGAGCAGCGCCAUCGAACCCGGAAAGAGGAAAGAGCGAUCAAGAUAAAGAAACGGAGGACUACAACCUGUUCAGCACACUGAAGUCGGCUCCGUGGGACAGUCUGACCUACAGACUGGCUCUCUGCGUGUGUUUGGUGAAUUUCUACCACGGCGGUGUGAAAGCUGUGGCCCACCUGUGGCAGGAGUUUGUCCUGGAGAUGCGCAAUUGCUGGGAGAACAAUUACCUCAUCUACGGGUUGCCUGCUGGCCCUCCUGAUCUGCGAUGCUGCCUCCUUCACCAAAAACUCCAGAUGCUUAACUGCUGCAUCGAGCACAAGAAAGCGAGGGACGGCGCCCGGAAAGAUACGGCCGGUGAAAACGGACUCGCGUUGCCUCAGGCGUCACCGGGGAAGUCCAGGGACUCGUGGAGUGACAGCGAGGACGAGUUCUUUGAGUGUCUGAGCGACACCGAGGACGUUAAGGACACGCCGGCGGAUGGCGUUAAAGGAACAGGAGCCAAAAUAAAGCCUGAGGGGCGACUGCAGCCUCAUGGCAAGCUGACCCUGUUAAACUCCAAGGAGCCGCUGUACAUACCUGUCACGCAGGAACCGGCGCCCAUGACCGAGGACGUACUCGAGGAACAGUCGGAGGUGCUGGCCAAGCUGGGUACUUCGGCUGAGGGCGCCCAUCUCCGUGCCCGCAUGCAGAGCGCCUGCCUGCUCUCAGAUAUGGAGUCCUUCAAGGCAGCCAAUCCUGGCUGUUCCCUGGAGGAUUUUGUGCGCUGGUACUCGCCAAGAGACUACGUGGAGGAGGAAGUGUGCGAUGAAGCGGGUGGGACGGUGCUUCAGGGGUCGCUGAGCGCCAGGAUGAAGAUCCCAGGCAACAUGUGGGUGGAGGCAUGGGAGAGCGCCAAGGUCACGCCAGCACGGCGGCAGAGACGGUUGUUCGACGACACCAAAGAGGCCGAGAGGGUGCUGCACUAUCUGGCAGUGCAGAAACCUUCUGACCUCACACGACACCUGUUGCCCUGCAUCGUCCAUGCUGCUAUACUCAAAGUGAAGGAGGAAGAGAUGGUUGAGGACAUUACUACGGUGCGUAAAAUCAUUCCACAGGUCGUUUCUCAUGCCAGUAAGCUGCUUCGUCAUCCCAGUCCGGAUCUCAAGAAACUGGAGGAUACUAUUAACCAGAUCACGAUGCUGGAGGCCACCGUUGCUCGAGCUCGCUCUCUCAGAGCUAAGUUUGGCUUGGGGAAAGGAGAGAGAGGAGACGACAGCGAGGAUCUGGAGCUGUUUGUCAGCUCUCUGUUGGACGAGCCCGAGGUGGCCGUGAAUGGCGCGGGUCGAGGCCCGGCAGGCAGCAUCAUCCAUAAACUGUUUGUCAGCGCUCAACGGCUGGCUGAUUCCAGUGAUGAGGCCGCCCUGUUGGCGCCGUUAGACGAGGAAGCGGGGCGAGCGGGCGGACCUGACGAGCGCAAGCCAGCAGGAGGCGGAGUUCCGGAUUUCCCACCUCCGGCUGGACGGGAGAUCCUACUGCGUACGUGCGUGCCGCGGCCGGCGCCGUACUCCAAAGCCCUGCCCCAGCGUCUCUUCUGCGUCCUCAUGAGGGAAGACUUCCGGCUUGCCGGAGCCUUCUCGUCCGACACGUCGUUCUUCUGAGCCGAGCAGAGCAGAACCGCACGAGGAACCGAGGAGAAAGUUUAGAAGGCAGAGGAUAUUUUUAUUUAAGGGGGGGGGUGUCGGGAGAACCAGGGGUUACGAGACAUUUCUGAGAUCGACGACGGACAAAGUCGCCUCGAAGAACUGACGGCGAAGCAAGUUGUGAAGAAGUUCACACCAUGCAGCUUGUUUCUCGAUCGGUUCCUUCGGGUAACUUCACCCUCGGAUCUCACAGAUGUUAGAAACCCGUUCAGUCGGGUCAGAAAACACAGAAGGUUCAGAAGCUCCGUGUCCCGUUCAGUCCCUUUUUUUUUUUUUUAAUGUCCCAGAAAUGUUCCGAUGAUGGGGGGGGGGUGUAUUUUUCUGUUAAAAAAAAUCUCUAUACCUUCUUCUCCAUGGGCAUGUCAUGUUUAAUCUGAAGUCAGAAGGUUAUAAGGCAUUAUAGAGAGGUUUGAUUAACUACUACAUAAAGUAAAUGGAUAUUUAUGUCUCUCAGUGUUCACAGAAACAACCUGGAUGUUAUGGAGUAACUAAAGGAUUAAACAUCUGGCCUCAGCACAA